UUUUUUUUUUUUUUACAUCAGCGCGUGCCCGCGAGCUGCGACGGACAAGGACGGCGACUGACGCGUCCAUAAAAAAAAAAUCCCGCUUCAUUUUCCCCUUCAAACAUCUCAGGUUAUGCAUCCCAAAAGCAUCCCCGUAUCUCCCGCCGUGAAAGAAAAGGGCUGACCACCGUCAUCCCUCUGGUUCCCAGUUCGUCUCGCCACCUGAGCCCACUCGUCUCGGCCACACUUCCAUUCUGCUUCGUCGGCCACGCUCGACCCACCAUUGACCCCCCCGCAACGGGAGCCGUCUUCAUCCGGGCCCCAGAGCCUUGUCAAAACAAAUCACGCCCCCUGGCUGAGGGCCGAACCCAAUGGCUACAGGUGGUCAUGUCCCUGAGAUAGACGUUCUGAUCAACCUGCAUCAGGCACGGGAGGCUGACGAUCAUGAGGAAGAAUCACUGGAUAAACAGAAAAAAGAGGAGGAGGAGGAGGAGGAGGACUGGGAGAAAGCACUUUCUGUCGAGUGCUUUGCCGACAUCAUCAGUGACUCUGCGUCCGCCAGUGCUGACAGGAUGGGACGGAAUUACACCGAAAAAGAUUUUGAGUAUCACAGACACACGAUUCACCACAUACAUCACCCCUUAUCCACCCACCUGCCCGUGCCCCAGCGCCUACGCAAGCGGGUGCACAGCAUGGACCGCCGGCGCCGAAAGAAGCGGAAGAAAAAAAAGACCUCCCUACCCCCCUCUGAAGUUACACCCACCAUCCACGAGGUAGACGAGGAGGAGGUGGAGCCUGAAGUCGACACACAGAAGGUGGCCACAGACUUACCCAGCAUUGAAGCACAGUUUAGUUUGGAGAGCCAAGAGGACUUGGAGGAAUUCCCUCCAAACACCACCUUCCAUACAGAACAUGAAGGACGUUGUUCAACCCCAACCUGCACAUUAACUCUAAGGGGAGAGGUCUAUAGCGGUGGAUAUGCUGUCAUUGAACACCAUGAGGAGAUGGAAAAGGGCGACGCACCUUGCAACAGUGUGGGCGCAGGAUCCGCACCCCCCAGGGCGACCGCCACCCACAGCAGGUUCCGUCGACGGCCCGCCCACCAUCGCAUGACAAGUGCCCAGCGGAGCAACUAUGACCUGAGGGAGAGGAUCUGCAUCGGCAGCAUGACCGCUGUUGAGACGGCUGUCUAUUAUCAGCAAGUGCCAACUGAUGAAGCUGAGGCCCAGAUGUUGGCCAGCGUCGACUUGGACGACAUGAAAAGUCACAGAUUCGAGGACAACCCCGGGGUGAGACGUCACCUGGUGAAGAAGUCCUCCAGAUGCCAGCUGGGCCGGACAAGUAACAGUUCCACGCCGCUAUGCAGCUUGAAGAAGAAGAAAAGAGCAGCAGACAAGAAGACUCAUGAGUUGUUCGUAGAGCUGAACGAACUCAUCGUGGAGAAGGACCAUGAGAUGCGUUGGAAGGAGCGCGCUCGCUGGAUCAAGUUCGAAGAGGACGUGGAGGAGGAGACCGACCGCUGGGGGAAACCUCACGUGGCUUCACUCUCCUUCCGAAGUUUACUUGAGCUUCGACGCACCAUCACUCAUGGCGCCAUCCUCCUGGACCUUGAGCAGAACUCUCUGCCUGGAAUUGCCCACUUGGUGGUGGAGACCAUGAUCAUCUCUGAUCAGAUCAGGCCUGAGGACAGAUCCUGUGUCCUCCGGGCUCUGCUUCUCAAACACAGCCAUCCAAGUGACAUGAAGCACCGUUUCCACCGCUACCAAUCGUCCGCCAGCCUCCACGGGACUUUCAAUCACAACAACGUCCCGGACACCAGCUUGCCCCUCGUCGCCGAAGAACACGGCGAACACCAGGACAGCAAAGGUCCUGUUUAUGACCCAAAACAAGAAGUCUUCGUCAGCCUGUUCAAAUCUCUCCACCCUCUAUCUCCUGAGAGCCAUCCGGCGGCCGCCAGAUCCUUAAAGCUCCUCGCCAAGAUACCCAGAGAUGCCGAAGCUGUCAUUGUUUUAGUUGGGUGUGUUGAAUUUCUGGAGCAGCCAGCCAUGGCCUUCCUUCGGCUCAAUGAGGCUGUGCUUCUCGAGUCGGUGUUGGAGGUCCCUGUUCCUGUCCGCUUCAUUUUCGUUCUCCUGGGUCCCAGUCAGUCCAACAUGGACUAUCAUGAGAUUGGACGUUCCUUUUCAACCCUCAUGUCAGACAAGAACUUCCAUGAGGUUGCUUAUUUCGCUGACAACCGACAGGACCUACUGAAUGGCAUCAACGAGUUCUUGGACUGCAGCAUUGUCAUCCCACCCUCAGACGUGGAGGGUAAAGACCUGCUGAAGACGGUGGCCGACUUCCAGAAGCAGAUGCUGCGCAAGCGCAAGGAAAGAGAGUUGAAGAAGCACCAUUCGUCGACUGGCAUGGAGCAGGACAACAAAGAUAUGAGUCCGGAGGAGGAGGAGAACGAAGAACAAGAGAUAGACCCACUGAAGCGUUCAGGGAUUCCUUUUGGAGGACUGAUCCACGACAUCCGGCGCCGAUACCCCCACUAUGUCAGCGACUUGAAAGAUGCCGUUGACAUGCAAUGCAUCGCUGCUGUCAUCUUCAUUUACUUUGCUGCUUUGUCACCGACCAUAACGUUCGGAGGCUUGCUAGGCGAGAAAACUGAGGGGAUGAUGGGAGUGACUGAACUGAUUGUUUCCACUGCAACCCUCGGAGUUAUAUUCUCACUGCUUGCGGGUCAGCCUCUGCUCAUCAUCGGAUUCUCUGGACCCUUGCUGGUGUUUGAGGAAGCGUUCUACAAGUUUUGUCAGGCCUAUGAUUUUGAGUACCUCACCGGUCGGGUCUGGAUCGGGUUCUGGCUCAUCUUCAUCGUCCUGGUGAUCGUGGCGGCAGAAGGCAGCUUUCUCGUGCGCUUCAUCUCACCUUUUACUCAAGAGAUAUUCGCCUUCCUGAUUUCCCUCAUCUUCAUCUACGAGACUUUCUCCAAGCUCAGCAAGGUAUUUCAGGAGCAUCCACUGAUGUCGUGGUACCCCGGUGACUCCACCCCGCCCACUGAUGUUCACGACAUCAUCAACCAACCCAACACUGCCCUCAUGUCCCUCGUGCUCAUGAUGAGCACCUUCUUUAUCGCUUUCUUCCUUAGAAAAUUCAGAAACAGCCGAUUUUUAGGCGGGAAGGCUCGAAGGAUCAUCGGGGACUUCGGUAUCCCCAUUUCGAUUUUAUUGUCCGUGUUGGUGGAUUACUCCAUCACUGACACUUACACGCAGAAACUCAACGUGCCAUCGGGAUUUUCCGUCACGUCCCCUGAAAAGAGAGGUUGGUUCAUCAGUCCCUUUGGGGACAAACAGCCCUUUCCCACCUGGAUGAUGGGAGCGUCAGUUGUGCCCGCCCUCCUUGUCUUCAUACUCAUAUUCAUGGAGACCCAAAUCACCUCGCUCAUCGUCAGCAAGAAGGAGCGCCGCCUGGUCAAAGGCUCCGGCUUCCACCUGGAUUUGCUGCUCAUUGUUAUUCUUGGAGCCUUCUGCCCGCUCUUCGGCCUGCCGUGGCUCACGGCGGCCACCGUGCGCUCUGUCACUCACGUCAACGCCCUCACCGUCAUGAGCAAAGCCACGGCACCCGGGGAAAAGCCCAUGAUCCAAGAAGUGAAAGAGCAGCGGUUGACGGGGCUUUUGGUAGCCGUGCUUGUUGGUAUGUCCAUGGUGAUGACGGAUGUGCUGCGUCUCAUCCCGCUGGCCGUGCUCUUUGGCAUCUUCCUGUACAUGGGGGUGACAUCUUUGACGGGCAUCCAGUUAUAUGAACGCAUCACGCUCAUGGUCACGCCGGCCAAGCACCACCCUGACCAUAUAUACGUCACCAAGGUGAAGACGUGGCGCAUGAACCUGUUCACCAUCAUCCAGCUGGCGUGCAUCGUGGCAUUAUGGGUAGUGAAGUCCACCGCCGCCUCCCUGGCAUUCCCCUUUGUCCUCAUCAUGACGGUGCCGCUGCGGCGCGUGGUCCUCUCCAGAAUCUUCGAGGAACGUGAGCUGCAGGCGCUGGACUGCGACGAAGAUUCUCCCAACUUCAAUGAAGACGGACGAGAUGAGUACAACGAGAUUCACAUGCUGGUGUAGAACCGAACGAGCCGAAAAGAGCAUCUUCCUUUUAACGUUUUGACUCCAAAUCUUUGGCAGUGACAUUUAUUUAAUCUCUGGGUCCAAUGGGCGAAAAAGUAUUUAGAAAAAAAUGUAUUUGUAAGAUAGAUUUAUAUUAAUAUUUUCUAUUUUAUGAUGAGAAUAUACUUAUUGUGUGCAUAGCUCAGAUAAAUAUGUUUAUCCCUUUAAUUAUUACUCUGCAGGCUUUGGGCACGUGUGCAAUGGUGAUGUCACCUCUUAGGGCGUACUCUUACCUUACUCUUAUUUAUUUAUUUUUCUCCCUGAUAUUGUUACAAGCCGGGAGGAAAUGAUACGUUGUCGUUACGUGCGUGAAAUGUACAGAUAGUAAACUUCGUUUUUUUCCCAAAAUUUACAAAGCCAUUCCCAAUAUCGUGCUGGGACUAACGCGCUGGUGAGGGACCGUGCUGUGAUUUACGUCGUCGAUUGUUUCCAGUUGUUCGUUUUCCGUGGUACUGUGCCGAAGAAAACUAGUUUUUAUUAGCUGACAGAAUACAUCAAAAUCAAUCCAUCCAUCCAUUUUCUUUCGCUUAUCCGAGGUCGGGUCGCGGGGGCAGCAGCCUAAGCACAGAAGCCCAGACUUCCCUCUCCCCAGCCACUUCGUCCAGCUCCUCCCGAGGGAUCCCGAGGCGGUCCCAGGCCUUCUCAAGCCGCCGUGAGGGUUCCAAGGACCGUCAAGGAAGGACAUAGCAACAUUUAGACGUCUUUGCUGUGUGACGGUCUCAAGCCAACGUGCGGGUUCCGAGAACCACCAAGCACAGACAUUCGCUCGCAGGUGUAGACUUCUUUAUUUUUACAAAGUAAACAAGUCUUUUGCGGGUUGCUGCUCGCUCCUCCGUGUAGCUUUUCAGCCGUCCACGUCGCUUCUGUCUGCCCCUUGCUCGCGCUCUCUUCCUCGUUGCAUGCGCUGUUUGUUCUCUCGUGUCUCCUUCUCGUUUCUUCCUCGUUUCUCCACCACUCUCCCCCACGUUUACAGCUGCCGCCCCUUUUAACAGUGCGAGAGGAUUCAUUAGGUGUGUCCAGGUACGCGAUCCACGCACCUGAUCUCGCUUGUGGCGUCGCUCCCGGCAUGCCCCGCCUCGCCGCUCGCUCGCCGUCUCCGCCUCCUCGCUGUCAUCUUUCGGCAGCUCUGUCGGACCGUCGGCUCCGCCUCUCCCCAACUGCUUUUCAGCAGCUCCGUCUGCCGCUCGCUCUUCCGCUUGCCUUUCGGCUUUGGGCUUCGUCGCCUCUUUCGCGAUCUCAGUCUCUCUCCCUCUGGCUCCUUCUCGUCUCCCGGCCUCUCUCUCUCUGACGUUCACGGCUGUCACCCUUUUACACAGUGCGAGAGGAUUACUUAAUUGUCCCCAGGUGCGCGAUCCACGCACCUGAUGUCGAUUGCGGCGUCGCUUCCGCCUCGCCACUCGCUCGCCGUCCACGCCUCCUCGCCGCCAUCUUGGGCUGGGCUAUGGUGUGCCCUGCCUUGCUGUUGGACUGCCGGCUCCGCCCCUCAACACAUAGUCGUCCCAAUGUGUCCUGGGUCUUCCUCGUGGCCUCCUGCCAUAGGGAGGCGUUCGGGUGGCAUCCUGACCAGAUGCCCGAACCACCUCAUCUGGCUCCUCUCGAUGUGGAGGAGCAGCGGCUUUACGUUGAGUUCCUCCCGGAUGGCAGAGCUUCUCACCCUAUCUCUAAGGGAGAGCCCCGCUCAUUUCGGCCGCUUGUACCCGUGAUAUUGUCCUUUCGGUCAUAUCCCAAAGCUCAUGACCAUCAGUUGAGGAUGGGAACGUAGAUCCACCAGUAAACUGAGAGCUUUGCCUUCCGGCUCAGCUCCUUCUUCACCACAACGGAUCGGUACAGCGUCCGCAUUACUUAAAACGCCACACCGAUCCGCAAGUCGAUCUCGCGAUCCACUCUUCUCUCACUCGUGAACAAGACUCCGAGGUACUUGAACUCCUCCACUUGGGGCAGGGUCUCCUCCCCUACCCGUAGAUGGCACUCCACUCUUUCCCGGGCGAGAACCAUAGACUUGGAGGUGCUGAUUCUCAUCCCGGUUGCUUCACACUCGGCUGCGAACCGAUCCGGGUGAGAGCUGAAGAUCCCGGCCAGAUGAAUCCAUCAGGACCACAUCAUCUGCAAAGAGCAGAGACCUAAUCCUGCAGCCACCAAACCGGAACCCCUCAACGCCUUGACUGCGCCUAGAAAUUCUGUCCAUAAAAGUUCUGAACAGAAUCGGUGACAAAGGGCAGCCUUGGCGCAGUCCAACCCUCACUGGAAACAGGUCCGGCUUACCGGCUCUGACUCUGAUCAUACAGGGAGCGGACCACCACAAUCAGAAAGUCCGAUACCUCAAACUCUCUGAGCACUCCCCACAGGACUUCCCGAGGGACACGGUCGAAUGCCUACUUUAAGUCCACAAAGUACACGUAGACUGGUUGGGCAAACUCCCAUGCACCCUCAAGGACCCUGCCCAGAGUAUAGAGCUGGUCCACAGUUCCGCGAACAGGCCGAAAACCACACUGAAUCCAAAGUUCGACUAUCCGGUGUAGCCUCCUCUCCAGUACACCUGAAUAAACCUUACCGGGAAGGCUGAGGAGUGUGAUCCCACGAUGGUUGGAACAGACCCUCCAGUUCCUCUUCUUAAAGAGAGGAACCACCUCCCCGGUCUGCCAUCCAAAUCAAAUGUCUACGAAAUGUACAAAAACUGGGUAAUAGUGCCCCCUGGACCUUAGCUUUCGGGAAAUGGUGCCCCCAAAACCUUAUAGUUGACUAUGCCUGGUAUAUAGGAUGGGGUACCGAAUUUGACACUUUUAUAGGUACCGACCGGAUUACACUAUAUUGACAAAAGUAUUUGGCCACCUGCCUUGACUCACAUAUGAACUUGAAGUGCAAUCCCAUUCCUAACCCAUAGGGUUCAAUAUGAUGCCGGUCCACCUUUUGCAGCUAUUACAACUUCAACUCUUCUGGGAAGGCUGUCCACAAUGUGUGCUUGUAGGAAUUUUUCACCGUUCUUCCAAUAGCGCAUUGGUGAGGUCACACCAAUCGAGAAGGCCUGGCUCUCAGUCUCCGUUCCAAUUCAUCCCAAAGGUGUUCCGUCGGGUUCAGGUCAGGACUCUGUGCAAGCCAGUCAAGUUCAUCCACACCAGACUCUGUCAGUCAUCCAUGUUUUUAGGGACCUUGUCAUGUUGGAAGAUUAAGGGGCCCGCUCAAGGUUGGGUGCAUGGAAUUAUCCAAAAUGUUUUGGCAUACUGGAGCAUUCAAAGAUCCUUUCAUUGGAACUACGGGGCCAAGCCCAACUCCUGGAAAAACAACCCCACACCAUAAUUUCUCCUCCACCAAAUAUCACAUUCGGCACAAUGCAGUACGAAAUGUAGCGUUCUCCUGGCAACCUCCCAACCCAGACUGGUCCAUCAGAUUGCGAACUGGAAAAACGUGAUUCUCAACUCAAGAGAAGGCGUUUCCACUGCUCUGGAGUUCAUUGGCGACGUGCUUUACACCACUGCAUCCCACGUUUUGCGUCAGACUUGGUGAUGUAUGGCUUAGAUUCAGCUGCCCGGCCAUGGAAACCCAUUCCAUGAAACUCCCUGCGUACUGUACGUGGGCUAAUUGGAAGGUCACAUGCAGUAACUGAAAGUCGGCGACCUUUUUGCACUAUGCGCUUCAGCAUCCGCUGACUCCUCUCUGUCAGUUUACGUGGCCUACCACUCUGCGGCUGAGUUGCUGUUGUUCCCAAAUUCUUCCAUUUUCUUAUAAUAAAGCCGACAGUUGACUUUGGAAUAUUUAGGAGCGACCAGAUUUGUUACACAGGUGGCAUCCUAUGACAGUUCCACGCUGGAAAUCACUGAAAGUGGCCUGUUCUUUCACAAAUGUUUGUAAAAACAGUCUCCAUGCCUAAGCGCUUGAUUUUAUACACCGGGCCAAGUGAUUAGAACACCUGAUUCUGAUCAUUUGGAUGGGUGGCCAAAUACUUUUGGCAAUAUGGUUUAUGUCGGUACUACCGGGUACUAAUUCCCUCCAAAUGAAUCAUUACCAUAUUUUGACACCUGUAUUGCACGUGACGUCACGUCCGGUUGAAAACAGGCAGUAAGUAAGGCUCCAUGUUUCAAAAUGCGCUAGCUCAAUGCUAAUUUACAUUGGAUAUGCCAUAUACAUGCUAUCGAUUAGCAUGAGCGAUUUUGCAUGGCAAUUUUAACACUUCUAAAUUUGUCGAUCAAAACGACAACUAAUAUGUACGUUACCAUCGAGAAGGUGUUGUGUAUUAAAAGUACAAUACUCUGAACGACUCUUGCCGUCGUCAUGCGGGUUCCACGGACCAUCAAGGAAGGACACUUCUUUCGAGCAGGUUUGACUCUUGUUUAUUUUGCAAUAAAGCUUUGUCUUCAGGUCGGAUCGCUUUUCAGCUGCUCCUCUCCAAUGCUCGCUCACGGGCCGCUUUUGAGCCGCCGUCGUCGCUCUUUGCUUCCGCUCCUCGGUCGCUGCUGCGGGCUCUCCUCCUUCUGCCCCGAUCUCUCCUCCUUCUCCCCUUUUAUACAUCGUGAAGAGAAAUGAAUGUGUCCAUGUGCACGACCCACGCACCUGAUCCCGUCUGCGGUGUCGCUCCCGGCACGCCCCGCCUCUCCGUUCGGUCGUCAUCUCCGCCUCCUCGUCGCCAUCUUGGGUCAGGCUCCAGCGUGCCCUGCCGCUCCGUCGGACCGUUGGCUCCGCCCCUCCACAAAUACUUAUAUAUAAACACUUGCAAUAAACUAAAAAAGUUAGCAUAUCCGAUGGAAAGCGCUGAACAGUAAAGCUCCACGUUUCAAAAUGCGUUAGCUCGAUGCUAAUUUACAUUGAAUAUGCCAUAUACACGCUACCGAUUAGCAUAAUCAUCUUCAUUUGUGCGCUUUAAUAGGGUGCUAGAUUUUGGGCGUCAAGUGGGCCAAAGCGUGGUUCGAGGAAUCUGGUUUUUGACCUGUUCAGGACUACCAAAAUUGAUGAUUGUGAGUGAAAUUGUGACAAAAUGAUUUUCUUGUAUUUAUCAAGAGUCAACAGAAUGGUAGGUUUUGUUCGAAGCUAUUAGGAAUUGUCCCUAAUUCCUAACAAAACAACAACAAUUCUGUCUACUGUAGAUUAGCUUCUUCUUUACCUUUUUCUUCGAUUGCAAUUGUGCGCAAAUAAGAGAUUUAGUGUCUUUGUACAGACUUAUAGCACUUUGACUUGUAACCUGUCUCUGCCAGCCAAGCUCCCUGGCGAAGAAGUCACCAAAACCUUCCUUUUUUAUUGAUUUAUUUACAUUAUUCUUUCUUUUGUUAAUAUGAAGAGUUCUACAAAAAGGUCAUUCCUAGAAGCGCAUCGCUUAAGUAUCAGGAACCAACUUUUAAAAUAAACAUCCAAAAUCUAGCCACCCAAUACCCAUUUAAAAUGUCAUACUGUCAGGUUCAAACACCGAACCGUCUAUUAAACAGGACAAGAAGCAAGGAAUCAAACAGAGGCGUAAUUCAAUUUAGCUCAUGAAGAGAGCGCGUGGACCCGCGCCUUCAUUCAGUGUCACCCCACGCUCUGAGGAAAAAGUUCCACUCCCUGAUUAUAGCUGCACUGGAUCAUGAACAGUUAAAACAAAAGGUGCUUGGAGUGGUGUCAGGUUUGCCCCCUCUCUGCUCGUAGAUUAAAUAGGACCUUCCCGUGUCUGUCCAGAUCUGAGAAACCGACACCUCUACGGCGCAUCCCAUCGCACACAGUGGAGAUUUCCAAGCUGUCCCUCUUUUGCUUGAUAAGAUCAAAGAUAGCUUUGUAAAGCACCAGUUUAUAGUAACCACAGGCUGUAGGACAACCUGAACUGCAAGCAAAGAAGUUGUGUGAUAACUUGUCUACAAUUAUUCUGACUCAUAUCAAUCUACCAACAGGUUGAUUUAUAAAGAAGGAAGCUUUGAAUCCAACAAAUCAGUCUCGAAA